AGGUAAUUUAGCAUGUUGGCAACAAUGGCGCGCCGGUAUAAAAAGAUUUAUUUUGCGUUCAAUCAAAGCACUUGUGUCCUGAUAGCGUGUGAUAACGGAAGUUGUUUUCUAAGAAGCCAUCUUAAGUGUAAUUGUGUUUUAUGAUUAAAACACAAUGAAGAAACUCGUACUUUUACAAUUUUUAUUUUUUAUUUCAUUUGCAAGAGGAUUUACAAACAUUUAUCCUAAACCCAAGUAUUGUCCCCUUCUUCAUGGAGAGGAUGCUGGUACACCUCUCUUUUUAACACCACUUAUAGAAAAUGGUAAAAUAGAUGAAGCUCGUAAUAAAGCUGUCGUGCAACACAAAGAAAUGGAUACUGUCAGCAGUUAUGCUGGUUUCUUAACUGUUAAUAAAAAGUAUAAUUCGAAUAUGUUCUUUUGGUUUUUCCCAGCCUUGCAUGAUCCAAAAACUGCUCCUGUAGUAUUGUGGCUACAAGGUGGUCCUGGAGCUACAUCCAUGUAUGGUUUAUUCUUAGAAAAUGGUCCAUUUAUAAUUACUAAGAAUAAAACUCUUAAAAUGCGUGAAUAUUCUUGGAAUAAAUGUCAUAAUUUGUUAUAUAUUGAUAAUCCGGUUGGUACUGGGUUCAGUUUUACUGAAGAUGAGAAAGGCUAUGCCACCAAUGAAACACAUGUGGGAAGAGAUGUACAUACUGCGUUAGUCCAAUUUUUUGAAUUAUUCCCAGAACUUCAAACCAAUGAUUUCUAUGUCACUGGAGAAUCAUAUGGUGGAAAAUAUGUACCAGCAGUAUCUCAUGCUAUUAAAGAUUAUAAUAUCAAAGCAAAGAUAAAGAUAAAUUUAAAGGGUUUGGCAAUUGGAAAUGGAUUGACUGAUCCAGUGAAUCAACUGGACUAUGGAGAUUAUUUAUACGAAUUAGGUCUGCUUGAUGCAAAUGGCAGAGAUCUAUUUCACAAAUAUGAGGAACAGGGUAAAAAUUUAAUUAAACAAGAAAAAUGGCUGGAAGCUUUUGAUUUGUUUGAUGAACUUCUUGAUGGAGAUAUAACUCAGCAACCUUCGCUUUUUAAAAAUUUAACUGGUUUUGAUUAUUAUUUUAAUUAUUUGUAUGAAAAAGAUCUAAACAAUGAAUCUGAUUAUAUGCUAGAAUGGCUUCAAAGAGCAGACGUCAGGAAAGCUAUACACGUUGGCAAUCGCACAUUUAUUCCUGAAUCUAAGAAAGUAGAAGCAUAUAUGAAAGCUGAUGUUAUGCAAUCUUUAGCAGUUCUUGUAGCAGACCUUACUCAACAUUAUAGAGUUCUCAUAUACAAUGGACAACUUGAUAUUAUUGUUGCAUAUCCUUUAACAGAAAAUUAUUUGCAAAAAUUAAAAUGGCCUGGUGCAGAAAAAUAUAAAACAGCAAAAAGGAAAAUGUGGUUUGUUGGAAAUGAAUUAGCUGGAUAUUCAAAGACUAUUGAUAACUUGACCGAAGUUUUGGUAAGAAAUGCUGGACAUAUGGUUCCUCUUGAUCAGCCAAAAUGGGCUCUUGAUCUCAUUACACGUUUUACACGUAAUAAGAGUUUUUAAGAUUAUAAUUUCCUAAUAAAAUUUACUCAAUCAUUUUGCCUAAUUAGUCAUAAUAGUAAUUAUAUUUAUUACAAAUGUAGAAUUUAAAUUUAAAAUUAUGAUUGUUUAACAAAUUGUAUACUCAAUAAAAAUACUUUAUUUUAUAAAA